AUGCAUGUUUUUACGUGCAUUGUCUUUUUUGUUUUAUCAGAAGCUAGGCAGCCUGAUACCAUCUACGACGAUGAAGCUCCAUCACCCAUACAGAGGAAAGUAGACGUUUAUCCAGAACCUUUUGUGGAACCAGUUCCUUUUGGACACAUCUUCCUUGACGGUUUCGGAGAUCCCUACUCAUCAGCAAAACAACCAAUAGAUGCUCUAGAACUAAGGAUGAGAAUGCCUAGAAUUGGAGAGGAUGAAAAGGAAUUAUUGAAACUAGGGAGAAAAAAUAUUGCAUUUAUAAAUCCGGAAAUAACGAACAAGUUUGCGACUGCAAAAGAGAAAUUUUUGAGGGAAAUGAAUUUAAGCCCACCGCCUGUGACGAAUGAGACGCAACUGAAGUGGUACAAUUUCGCGGCAAUGCAAAUGAGAAACGCACAGAUGCCGCCAAAAUUCCAACAUGCUGUUAGAAGGAAAGACGAAUCGUUCCGUCGUAGCCACCCAUCACGAGUGCCAGCACCACCAACUCUAAGUGAAAAGUUAAGUUCUUUUUCUAAAACAUCUUUCCAGCUACAAAAAGAUAAACCAGAAUCACAAGUAAACUGGACAACAUGUGACCAGUUUGCUGUUGGAGCAAUAUUUUCACACAAAGACAUUGUUAAUGUCAAAUGGACUCCAUUUUAUAUUUGGACCACUGAUAAUAUCGCUUACUCUAUAGAACAUGUGUUUAUGUAUCCAACAAAAAAGAUAGUCAAUGAAUAUUUUUCAAAGUACAACGAGUUUUUGAACAAAACUAUUGAUUGGUCUAAGCCUAAGCUUCUGAUGAAGGGUAUGAAUGAAAUGCUGUUGGUAGCGGCGGACAAGAGAGGGCUGUUUGACGCUAUAGUGAAGAACGACAUACCAAAAUCCGCAAACAAGGAGGUAAUAAAAAUCCCAUCUCUGAGUUUACGAUUGAAAAUAGAAGAUCCCUAUUUAGCAAUGAUGUUUUGUGAAGAGCACUUUGCGAUGUUAAUGGCGGUAUCAGGUCGGCAGCCUACUGUUUAUAAGGAGAUGAAAGCAGAAGCAGCAACAAUCAAAUUCGAAGGUAUUGGUAGACCGAUUUGGAGAGAUUAUGAAGGAGAAAGAGAAAAUAUAAAAAUGGUCAAGGAAGCAGAAAUGAAGGAAGAACAGGAGAAAUUUAUUACAGUUAAUGAACCCUAUUCUAAUGCAGGCCAGAGCGAGUAG